AUGUUUUGUUUAUUAAUUAGUUGUUUUACUUGCAAAAUUGAAGGUACCAUUCAAACAAACGAACAAAACCUCAUUCCAAUACAACAACCAAACAAACAUUUGCAAAACACAACAAACACUCCAACAAAAACAUCAACAAAUGCAGCUCCAUAUAAACAACAUCAAAACCCAAAGGAACAACAACCAAACAAACAUCUGCCAAACACAACAAACACACCAACAACCUUACAACAUAAUAUACUUGUUGUUUUACCAUUAGAAAAACUUCCUAAAUUUUGUUCAUUUUAUAAACUAAAACAAGUUUUUAGUUGUUGUUAUGCCCUGUAUCGAGGGAAUUUUCGCUAUCCGCGUAAACUUGUUCAGCUGAGUCCCUCCAACAAUUUACCUGAUGAAUGCCUUAAUUGUGGACGUACUUGCCAACAUGCCAUUGAUUAUAUAACGACCAGUAAGCCGUUGCCAGCUGAGAAACAAAGGGGCACUCAACCACCCCCAACUCAUCCACCCCAAGCAAUGCCAAGAAUGAAGCAGGGAACUGAAAUAAGGGCGAAAAGAAAUGUUUUGAAGGGCCUUGAAGGGAAAAAUAAAAAGACUGUCACUACGCAUUCACCUCAUAAGAUGCUGAAAUUGAAGCGGAAUGUUAAUGAAACAACCGAAGCAACGACGGAAACACUAAUUUAUGUUCCUCUUAAUCCUGAAAUUGUUAAUUAAAAUUAAGAGGAGGAAUUUAACAAAUUGAAAUCUGCGAUUUUAAGGGAUUUUAAAAUUUUUUGGGAUGUUUAAUUAAAUUUAUUUGGGAAUAAAUAUUUAAAAAUAAAUAAAUUAUUAAUUAUAAAUUCAAAGUGAUUGCUGGAUCUCUCCAUUAUGAUGAUACAAUAAUUACCUCAGGCUGAAGGACAUAGGAAGGAGAAUGGGGGGGGGGGCAAGAAGGGACAUGGGACAUAUAGAGGGGUGAGGAGGGGACGUAGGAGCCGACGUAAGAAGAAAUGUAGAAGGAAAUAAAGGGACGUAAAUCAGGCAGAACCAGGACCGUAAGUAGAGAAAUGAGGCAUAGUGGAGGGGGGACGUA